CGGAAUAGGAACCGCUUGGUCAGGAAGAGCAUUAUUAAGCACGAGCGGUACAGUUAGUAGUUCUCGAUAACAGAAGUAUAAAUAGCGAUAGGUGUCGGUUGGUUGUUCAAGCAGCAUAGCGUAACAAUCCAGUUAAUAUAAACAGUGCGCGCUUGCGCGAGUGCAAUCGCGACGACUGCGAGCGCGUUAACUCUGUUGCCUGCACGGCGGGCACCAAUUGCCAAAGGGAUAAUCGGGCGUGCCUGGACGAGCCACCACCACCGGUCCAAAACGGCGCUGGCACUGGAAAGCGCCGCGGGAGGCCUCGGCGGCGUCGCUAGCCUAGAGGAGCGGCUCCGCGAGGAGGCUCAGGAGCAUCUGCUCGCUAGUAUGCGGGGCGAGUCGGCGCGCCCGGGCAAACGCCCUUUACGUGCCCUCUCGGCCUCGGAGAAGAUGGAAGCUAUACAAAGAGUCCACGAAGGCGAAAGCAAGGCCUCUGUUGCCCGAGAUAUCGGCGUACCCGAAUCUACGCUUCGUGGCUGGUGUAAGAGUGAGCACAAGAUCCGCGGUAUGGCAAGGAAUUCUUCCACACCAGAUAGUGAAGCUCAUUCGCCGGCUUCGUCUUCCGGAGCUAAUAACACCCUCGCGAGCAUGGCCGGUGCCUCAAAUCUUUCGAGCGAGGAUGAGGCAGUGGUUGGACCGAGUAGCGCCAAAAAGCUUAAGCUCGAUGCCCUCGGGGUCACUGAGAAUGUGGAUGUCGUAGACUCAGCCAAACUGGAACCGAAACAACCUAAGAUGGAUUAUGUAAGCAGCAUUAUAAACAGCAUCGUUGCGAGUGGCGUUCGUUCAGAAAAUAGUUCGAUCUUGCUGCAGCAACUUGGACUCCUAUCCAGUGCCCAGAGCGCAGCCAGCCUCACCAAGAACCUACUAAGCUUGAGUUCGGGGCAUUUAGGAAGUGGUAGUGGGGCUCAAGCUGUCGGUCUUGUUGAGAAUGGACUUCAAUACACAAAGAGUAGCAAUGGUAGUCAUGGAGCUCAUCAACACUCAAAACGCGGUCUCCCCAUUGCAGCCUCAUCUUCAACUCACGGCUCGGCAAUCGCACCAACGACGCAACUCGAUUCUGUUAGCAAAUCCGGCUCCCGUAAAAGUCUACCCCCGGCGGCGGAAGCACCAUUGACGCCAGUACCCGCUUCCCCACGUAAGACUAGUGAACACCACAACGGUGUUCUCGGACUUCACCAUCACCAAUCUCACCAGCAACCCCUUCAACAACACCAUCAUCAUCAUCAAGUUCAUCAGUCCCACCAAUCACACUCAAGGAGCUCACGUAAGGACAACGGUCUGAGUGCCGGUAAUGGCGGUGGCAGCAGUAGCAGCUCACGUAAGGCUGACGAAGCCCUUUGGCUUUGGCUCGCUCAGCAACAACAGCUUCUAGGACAACAAGCAGCUGCCGCUGCGGCUUCUGCUUCACCGUACAACCCCGCAGCAAGUGGUGUAGAUGGUUCCUGGUUUUGGCAGUGGUACAAACAAUGUAGCUUCCCUGUAGUUGCUUCUUCGCUUACGGCUUCAACUGUUACCCAGCACCAGCAGCAGCAACAACAGCAAUUGUCAAACAAAUCACCGAGCAAGGCUAAGGCAUUGUUGGACAACGUUCUUUGCAAUAACAACAAUAGUAGCAACAACAACAAAAAUGACGAAAGUGCAAAGAGAAGUUUAAACGUAAGCAGUAGCAAUGGAAACGGCACUCUUGGAGAUGAUCUAGAGGAAGGGGAGCUUGGAGCCCGGGCGACGGAUCUCGCCUCCGUCGGCACCACCGAAGAAGCUAUCGAGCAUGGAGAGAAGUUUUUCAAAUGGCUAGAUAAGUGUAGCGAGCCUUCGGUGACGCGACUCCAGAUUCUUCAGUUCAAAUACCUGUUGGAUAACCUCAAAACCUGUAGGAAGAAGACUUCCAGCUUGAAGCAGAGCAGGAAGUAGAUGGCUGAGGAUUGUGCGCGCAAACACACACACACGUGCACGCGACUGCCUCGGUGCUGUGAUUACUCGGUGUUGGAGUGGAGAAUGGAGUGGCCGAUCAAUAGGACCUCGCUUCCCUCGAUCAUCUUCGACAAGCAUACCCCCUUACUCCUUUGGCUGAUGGCUCACUACGCGAAAUUUUUUUCGACUCUGUCGAUGCUUUUUCGCGCCAAUUCUUUUCGAAUUUCUCGUACGCCUAAGCUUUGUAUCCAAUCUAUUGCAAGUCUCGUAACGUCACUUGCACGUGUGUAUUUGACAUGCGCGCGCGCUUAUGUGUAAAUUCGCGUCUUGUUAUACGCCGAUAAAAAUGGUCAUGUGAAUUUACCUCCCCAACACACAAUAGAUGCAAGGGAAUGAGAGCAAGUGCAUGUGUAUGAGAAGUUGAAUGUAACAAAUGCGAAGAAGAGGUAAGGCGAGAUUGGGAGAAAAAUAUGGCGAAAGCGAUCGAGAAAAAUAUAGACUAUGCAUAAAAAAAUAUGUGGGUCGCGGUUCUUACUCUUGUCAUUGCUUCCCUAAGUGUUCUGCCAUCUCGUCUCCCUGGGCGUACUGUACAUAAAAGAUUAUACCAAAAUUCGUAAAUAGAUGUAAUGGUUAAGCGUUUCAUUAAGUCUUAAGUCAUCGCUGUAGAGAUUUAUCGUUACUGCAUAUGCAUCGGGAGAUAAUAUAGACAAAUAAAUAAAUGGAGAAGCACAAAGCCGGCAAAUAAUAAGAGAGUAAUAAAUCAUUAAAAAAGGGAAUGAACAAAUAGUUUAAAAAGUGUUUAAAUGGAAAGAAAAAUAAGAAAAGUAAAAAUAAAAACUACUCGCUCUAGGAAAUUCGUAUAAAGAAAGGAAGGAUGAGAAAGAAAGGGCUAGUUGAAGGAGGGAGUGAGUAGGUGAA